AUGGUUUGCACGCCAUGUUGCAGACAAUUCAGCCUCCUUCUUUGGAAAAAUUGGCUACUCCAGAAAAGAAAAAUAAUUCUAACAAUAGUCGAAGUCUUGCUGCCCGUGCUUUUUGCUGCAAUUUUACUAGCAAUCAGAUCAAAAACCGCCUCUAAUUUCGUCUCGGAGCCAACCACUGAAGGCAGAUUUGAAGUCAAAACGGCCCCAACAAAUGUUACUGUUCCGCCGAUGCAGUCUAGAAAGCGUUUGGCAUUCACGCCGAAUACUGAUUUCACUCGCAAAAUCAUCAACAGAACAUUAAAUAUGAUGUCUAUUCCGUUCGCUCCAGAGCUAGGUUUCGACACAGAGAAAGAAUUGGAAUACAACGUCUCAUCGACUGACUACGUCCUGGCAGGGGUAGUCUUCUUGGAUUCUUCAUUCCAAGACAGCCAGACAUUCAACAGUACUAUCACCUACAAAAUCAGGAUGAAGUCUGAAGAGAAAGUUCCAGGAACGAAUGUACUUCGUAGUAAAGAUUGGAGAACAGAGUUCCUCAUGCCUCCGUAUAAAGUUGUUGGCGGGCCAAGGCAGAAUACUUCAAUGGGACCAGGAGGCACGGACCCGGGUUACCUGGUGAACGGCUUCUUAGUAUUGCAAAGAGCCCUAGACGCCAGCAUCAUCAAAGAACUGGGAGGUAACGAGAAUGAAAUGAAAACGUUCCUCAAGAAAUAUGCCUACCCCCCCUAUUUGAGUGACGUCUUUACCUUCAUCUUGAGCACACAGUUCCCAUUCAUAGUCAUGCUUAGUUUCAUCGUCAUAUCACCCACGAUUUGUAGCGAGAUAACUGCAGAGAAAGAGAAAAAAUUGAAGGAGGCAAUGAAGCUUAUGGGCCUAAAAGUUUGGCUAAACUGGCUGGCGUGGUUUUUGAAAUAUCUGAUUUUCAUGAUCCUAUCAGUGGGCCUAAUGACACUCUUUUUCCACGUCAAGUUGAAAAACGGAGCCAUCAUAAAUUUUGCAAAUGCCUCAGUCACAUUCGUCUUCCUGCUACUCUACACCAUCUCCAUCAUAAUGUCGUGCUUCAAUUUAUUUGAUAAUUAUUUUUCCCGCCAUUUUUUUGUAGCGAGUUUGUCUGCGGCUGCCGGAGCACUCUUCUUCUUCCUCUCAUACUUCCCAUUUUUCUCGCUCUACAGUACCUUCGAUACCACAUCCACCACAAUUCGGUUCGUCCUAUCCAUUAUUCCAAAUUUGGGAAUGUCAUACGGCUGCACCAUCCUAUCCCGAUUUGAAUUAGUAGGCAUAAGCCUAACAUGGAAGAAUCUCCACUACGGAUCGAACAGCUCUGACAGUUUCUCCAUGCUGCACGUAUUCAUAUCAUUCCUGAUUAGCAUCCUAAUCUCGAUGUUUCUGACUUGGUACAUUGAAAAUGUUAAUCCCGGGGAGUUCGGUACGCCACAGCCGUUUUAUUUCCCGUUCCUGAAACGAUACUGGUGCGGUUUUAAGAAGGGCAGCGUCGAUGGUUCCAUGCUCAACAUACAACCGGAUUUUGGAGAUAGGAGUGAGUAUUUUGAACCGCUGACCUCAAAUAGCAACAACAACAUUGGAAUCCAAAUAAGAAAUCUUACAAAAGUUUUCAAAAAGGGUACCAAACCAGCGGUAAAUAACUUGAGUUUGGAUAUUUGUGAGGGCAAAAUCACGGCCCUACUGGGCCACAAUGGGGCUGGAAAGACGACCACUAUGUCUAUGCUUACAGGAUUCAUGCCACCGACACGGGGUACCGCCUACAUAAACGGUAACGACAUCAGGUACGAAAUGCCAAUGAUCAGGAAAAAUCUUGGCCUCUGCCCCCAGUUCAACAUUCUCUUCGACAAACUCACUGUCAAAGAGCACCUGGAAUUUUUUGCGAUCUUGAAAGGUUGUUCAAACGAUGAACUGGAAGGUGAAGUUACGAACAUGAUUCGCAUGUUGAACCUGGAAGUUAAGACCGACGUCUUCUCAAAGUCUUUAUCCGGUGGUAUGAAGCGCAAACUCUCCGUUGGGAUUUCUCUGAUUGCCGGCUCAAAUUUUGUAAUCCUGGACGAGCCAUCAUCGGGAAUGGAUCCCGAGGCACGCAGGCAGAUGUGGGAUCUUCUGAAGACUCAGCAGAAGGGUCGGACAAUGUUGCUGACGACACAUUAUAUGGAUGAGGCGGAUUAUUUGGGAGACAAAAUUGCCAUCAUGGCGGACGGUGUAGUCCAUUGUUACGGAUCAUCGAUGUUUCUCAAGAGAAAAUACGGCAUUGGGUAUCACAUGACGAUGGUCAAAGCUCCGAAAUGUGACGUCACCCUCGUCGACUCUCUCAUUAAAUCGAAGAUUCCAGAUGCCGCCAUGGAAAGCAACGCCGGCGCCGAGCUAACUUACGUUCUGCCUAAAGAAUAUUCUUCAAAAUUUCCUGAAUUGUUUGCUGAGUUAGAGAGAGAUGGUGAUAAAAUUGGAGUGGAUAGUUUUGGAACUUCUGUUACUACUCUUGAAGAAGUUUUCAUCAAAGUUGGAGAGAUGUGCGAUAGAGAUGCGUCUGACUCAAAUGAAAAUGGAAAAGUGGUUCGUGUGGAAUCGAGUGACAACUUCAUUGCUGUCACAUCGUCUUUAAGCUAUUUUUACGUUAAAGUUAAAUAUAAACUUUCAGUAAUCGAUUGGAAACUCGUCAAGGAGUCGAGAAUUUCUGGAUUUGCCUUGAAACUUCAGCAGCUGCAGGCGAUGUUCGUUAAAAAGAUUUUUCACACAACUCGAAACUGGAUCCUCUCCAUCAUACAAUUAUUAAUUCCGGUUAUAUUCGCCAUUGUCGCAUGCAUCGUCGUCUCAAUCAUUCCAAAAGUCGCGGACCCACCGGCAUUUCUCCUAGAUCUUUCUGCUUAUAAGCAAACCAUAACUCCUUACGCAUCCAUUGUAAACGAUUCUUACACCCCUGGUGAUGCAAGCCGCCAAAACUGUUUCAUGCAGAAGAUGUUGAAUGUUAAGCCUACUUUAGCCUAUCUCAAUGACUAUUCAAUUGGCUACUUUAAUGAGACCUCCAUGGACAAUUAUGUCGUAGGCAUUGGAGAGAAGAAUUCUUACGAUUACCGGACGAAGUAUCAGUUAGCUGUUGAAAUAGGGUACGAUUAUUUAACUGGAUUCUUCAAUGACGAAUCUUACCACACAAUCGCUAUGGCACUUUCACUUAUUGACAACUUCUGGCUCUCGUGUCUCUUGUCUUCACAGUACAGCAUAAAAACAAUCAACCACCCCCUUCCUCUCUCCUUCGAGUUGAAGGCCACCGUAAACGACAGCAAAGCACUGCUUUCUGGAUUUGUCUUCUCGUACUGCCUCAUGUUUGGAAUCGCUUUCCUCAUUGCUUCCUUCAUCAUUUUUUUGGUCAACGAGAGAGUUUCCGGCGCCAAAGGAAGCCAGUACGUCAGCGGAGCCACUAGUAACGUUUUCUGGUUUGCAAAUUUCAUUUGGGAUUAUUUUAAUUACCUCAUCCCGUCUGUACUCGUCGUCAUCGUCAUUGUGGCUUUCCAACUUGAAGGGUUUUCAUCCGGAAAUAACGCGGGGUAUAUAUUUUUGAGUUUGUUGUUGUACGGUUGGUCGGUUCUCCCCUCAAUCUACAUCCUCUCGUUCUUUUUCUCUAAAGCAUCUUCCGGAUUUGUCUGGGCUAUUAUAAUAAAUAUUUUUACAGGCACCGUAGCAUCUGUGACGAUACUACUUUUGGAAAAAUUUGAAGAUCUAAAGACGAUCAAGUCCAUUUUGGAGUGGAUGUUCUUUGUUUUGUUUCCGAAUUUCUGCUUUCAGAGAUCUCUACAAGAUGUCGACGCAAACUACCAGUACACAAAAACCUGUGCGACCAUCAAUGCGACCAUCCCUCUUGACAAAUUUUGCGCCGGUGCUAAAGCUUUAAAUCAAACUAACCAUUAUUUAUCCUGGGUCUACCCUGGGAUCGGGAAACCUUUAAUAUUCAUGUCUAUACAAGGACUCAUAUUUUUCAUCAUCCUUCUCAUCUUUGAAUCUGAUUUACUGCAAAAUAUACGCACGAAAUUCGCAUCUCAGUCAGUCGCAGUGACUGAAAGUGAUUCAGCUAUUUAUCCAAACAAUACAUCUUCCGAAGAAGAUAGCGAUGUCCUGGAGGAGAAAGCGAAAGUUUUGAAGUUGGAAAUGUCCGAUUUGAUGUCUGAAGAUAACAUGCUCGUCAUGAAGCAGCUGACGAAAGUUUAUUCCGGGGGAUUCCUAGCUGUUUCGAACCUUUGCCUGACGGUGCCCCGAGGUGAAUGUUUUGGACUUUUGGGAGUGAACGGAGCUGGCAAGACAUCAACGUUUAAGAUGUUGACCGGGGGAGAAACAAUAAGCGCUGGCAACGUGUAUUUGAAGGGAAUCGAUGUUGCAAAAAAACUUGCCAAAACAAGACCUUUUGUUGGUUACUGUCCCCAGUUUGAUGCCCUGAUUGACCAGCUGACCGUCAAGGAGACGAUGGUCAUGCAUGCCAGAUUGAGAGGCAUCGACAGAACUGUCAUCGAUAUCGUCACCGAUGACCUCAUUGAAAAAUUAGUCCUGAGGAAAUACAAAAACAAGAUGGCCGGCAAAUUGAGUGGAGGAAACAAAAGAAAGUUGGGCAUCGCAAUAGCCCUGAUCGGAGAUCCUCUUCUGGUCUUCCUGGAUGAACCAAGUGCCGGAAUGGAUCCCGUGGCUAGGAGGGAGCUGUGGAAUUCUGUUGAAGCUGCCAGGGAUUCGGGCAGUACCAUCAUUCUUACCAGUCACAGCAUGGAGGAAUGCGAGGCGCUGUGCACGAGAUUGGCAAUCAUGGUGAAUGGUCGUUUCAAGUGCUUGGGAAGUUGUCAGCACUUGAAAUCCAAAUUCGGCAGCGGCUACACGGUCUCAUUCAAAGUGCAGCAAGGACCUAACCUCGACAACAACAUCACCAACAUCAUCGCUGUCAAAAAUUUUGUGGCCGCCAAGUAUCCAGGCUCCGUCCUUGAGUUUGAAGGUGAAGGACUACUGACCUAUCGAAUCGAGAAAAAUGCGAACGGUCAGCAAAACACGUUGGCAGGAGUUUUUACGAGUGUGGAGCUAUUCAAAGAGUCAUUCAAGCUGGAAGAUUAUUCAGUGGGUCAGGCGACCUUGGAACAGGUCUUCAUAACUUUCGCUAAAGGUCAAAGAGAAGAGGGUGAUGGUAAAAAAUCUAAAAAGUCAUUGAGACCCUUUUGUAAGAAGAUGUGCUGUUGCUGUCGUGACUGCUAA